CGAAAAGAGACCUCGAAACUUUCGGUGUUUUCAUGUCCUCGGAGACCAGAUAUAGGACGUGAAGGCAGACCAAUCAAUUUAAGGGCCAAUCACUUCCAAAUUACUAUGCCACGUGGUUACGUACAUCAUUACGAUAUUAAUAUUCAACCUGAUAAAUGUCCUCGUAAAGUUAAUAGAGAAAUUAUAGAAACAAUGGUUCAUGCAAAUAGUAAACUAUUUGGAACUCUUAAGCCUGUGUUUGAUGGGAGAAAUAAUUUAUAUACAAGAGAUCCCAUACUUAUUGGUAAUGACAAAGUAGAAUUAGAGGUUACACUACCUGGCGAGGGUAAAGACAGAGUUUUUAAAGUAUUUAUAAAAUGGCUGGCUCAAGUUUCAUUAUUUGCUUUGGAAGAAGCUCUAGAAGGGCGUACAAGACAAAUUCCAUACGAUGCUAUCCUUGCUUUAGAUGUUGUAAUGAGGCAUUUACCAUCUAUGACGUAUACUCCAGUAGGUAGAUCAUUUUUCAGUACACCAGAUGGUUAUUAUCAUCCACUAGGAGGUGGUAGAGAAGUCUGGUUUGGUUUCCAUCAGUCUGUUAGACCAUCACAAUGGAAAAUGAUGCUGAAUAUUGAUGUAUCUGCAACUGCAUUUUACAAAGCACAACCAGUCAUAGAAUUUAUGUGUGAAGUAUUAGAUAUUCGAGACAUAAACGAACAAAAAAAGCCUCUUACGGAUUCCCAACGAGUUAAAUUCACGAAAGAAAUUAAAGGACUUAAAAUUGAAAUUACACACUGUGGAACAAUGAGACGGAAAUACCGAGUGUGUAAUGUCACGCGCAAACCUGCACAAAUGCAGUC